UUGAUCAGGAGAAAAGGCAGGCGAAGAAAGGAUAAUUACGCACAAGGACGCAUCAUCCGCUUCUGCUCUCGACACUCCCCGUCCAUUCUCGUACCGCUUAGCUUUUCUUCUUUCUCCAGAACCAGCGCUUGCGCCUGAUCCUGAGCCUCGAGGUGCUGGCAGUCGGGCUCCGCUGAGUUCAAAACUGGAACUAAGGAAUCGCACGCAGGAAGGUCGCCGUCAGCUCGCGCGCUGAGGCUCCUUAGUGCGGAGGCGUGGUCGUCUAGGGGGCGUCUCUCUCGCCAUCCCCACCCACCUCCCCUGACUCUGCCGUCGACGCUGCGCCCCUUUAGACGGCUCCUUCCUGAGCUGCCGUCGCCCGCCUGGUCUGCCUGCCCAGCUCGCCGUGAUGUCUGCCGUCUGGAGCUCGACGCUACCGCCGCGGCUGCUGCUGUCGCUCUUGGCGCUUUGGCUGUGCCUGGCGUCGAGGAGCGCGGCGGAGGCGGCGUGCGCUCCCUGCCGGCCCGAGCUGUGCGAGACGGCGCGGUGCGCGGCGCCCGAGCUGACGGCGCGGGACGAGUGCGGCUGCUGCGAGCGGUGCCUGAGCGCCGAGGGCGAGCGGUGCGGAGGGGCGCGGGGCGCUCGCUGCGGCCCGGGGCUGGUGUGCGUUAGCCAGCGCCAAGCGGAGCCUCCUGCCGCCGAGGAAGAGGAGCAGGAGCAGGAAGAAGGCACCGGGCGCUGCGUCUGCAAGGAAGACGGCGCCGUCUGCGGCUCCGACGGCCGCUCUUACAGCAGCGUGUGCGCCCUGCACCUGCACAGCUGGCGCGCCCUCCACAGCGGCCGGGAGCGCGUCCGGAAGGCGCACGACGGCGAGUGCAAGCUCGGUAAGCCGCUGUGGGGUGUGGGGGCACUGGGGGGCGGUGGUUGGGGUGUCGCUCACCCUCCGAAGGUCGCAAUCUAUAGACUGGCCCUGGCCAAAUUUCUACGCCUUAGUGUUAGUCAGCCAAUCGGGAAAUGUUUGUAUUUCUGA